UGGCAUACCUAGAGCAGUACUCUGGCUUCCAGCAUUACUGUGAGAACCUUCAUAUCCUUUCUUUUCAAAGUCCUGUUGUGACUUUCUGAGUAAAAUCUGAGUUUCUGGUGUGAACAUUUCCUUACAGUUUUCUUCCACAGACUUGCUACAAUGCCUUUCUUCUCACCAUGGAUCACAGCAGUGUUCAUCAUUUCCUUGACAUUCUUCUUUCAUUGUGAAACCUCUUUUAACCAAGAAACAGAAGUUCGAGGAAUACCAAGAUGUGACUCAUAUGCAAGCUACAUUUGCAACAAUGAAUUUGAUCCAGUCUGUGCGAGUGAUGGCCAGACACAUGGCAAUAGUUGCAUGUUUUGCAGUGCCAAGAGAAUGAGUCAUGACAGAUUUUCAUUCGUUCACUAUGGUGCUUGCUCUGUAAACUGACCUACACAUUUCUGUGCCAUCUUUGCAACCCCAUUUAUGAUGGAUUCUUCAAUCAACUAGAAUCUCUUUAAAUAGUAUCUUAAAUUCCUCAAUGAUCAAGUGAACACAUCUGUUGUACUUAAGAUGGGGCAUGGGAUGUUAAAGAAUCUUCCCACACUAACAACCAUUGUUCUCAGUGUUC